AGCGAGGGGAGCGCGCUCUGCCAGCGCAUGAGCAGAGCUGGAGGCACACCGGUUGGAGAGGUGCAGGUGAGCCGGGGGGUCGGAUCCAGACAACUUGACAGACUAAAAGGACUUUCAUUGAAUAUCAGCGGCAGCAGCAGCAACAGCAACAACAAGGUGACUUGCAAGGACCUUAUCUGACAAUGGAAUUUGAUAAUAUAAAGUCCUCAGCCGCACUCAUUUAUGAUGAGUUCAUCCAAAAUGCAGACACACGGACAGGGAUGUGGUUCCUUAUGUCGUCUCCUCUCCCCCAAACGAUCAUCAUCGUAGCGUACAUUUACUUUGUCACAUCGCUGGGGCCUCGGCUCAUGGAGAACCGCAAAGCCUUUGACCUCAAAGGCGUUCUCAUAGUCUACAACUUCAGCGUGGUGGCUCUCUCACUCUACAUGUGCUACGAAUUUGUGAUGUCAGGAUGGGGAACAGGAUACUCUUUUCACUGUGACCUGGUCGACUACUCUGAUUCACCACAGGCUGUGAGGAUGGCAGCAACAUGCUGGCUUUACUACUUCUCAAAGUUCAUUGAGAUGUUGGACACGAUCUUCUUUGUGUUGAGGAAGAAGAAUAGCCAGGUGACAUUUCUUCAUGUCUACCAUCACUCAAUCAUGCCUUUCACUUGGUGGUUUGGAGUUCGGUUUGCGGCAGGUGGUAUGGGGACAUUCCACGCCCUGCUUAACUGUGUCGUCCAUGUUAUCAUGUACUCGUACUACGGCCUGACUGCCAUGGGCCCCAGCUACCAGAAGUACCUGUGGUGGAAGAAAUAUCUCACUACCAUUCAGCUGAUCCAGUUUGUUAUGGUGACCAGCCACAUCUCCCAGUAUUUCUUCAUGAAGGACUGCUCCUACCAGUUCCCUAUCUUUGUCUACAUCAUCAGCCUGUAUGGCCUGAUUUUCCUGUUCCUCUUCCUCAACUUCUGGUACCAUGCCUACACCAGGGGCAAGAGGCUGCCUAAAGUGCUGCAGGCUCAGACAUGGGCACACCACAGCAACGGAGUUAUGAAUGGAAACGCCAGUCAUGAAAAAGAUGAGUGACGCAAGACUCGGCUCAUUAGGGGUUUCGGGGUUGACCUCAUUUAUGUAAGCAAACCGCUGCAGUCUGAGCUACAACCCAAAUUAGUUUGGACUGUAUUGUUUUUUUUUUGUUUUUUUGAUUGCUUUUCAACUGCAACUGCAAAAGACAAUCUUUAAAUUAUGACCAAAACUAUAUUUAAGAAGUUUAUUGACCCAAGCUGAAGGGUUUUUUAUUAGAUUUUUUUUUUUUUGUUUACACUGAAGAUAAAGCCCAAGUUAUGCUAUGAAAGUUUCCAAAUAUCCCUCCUUUUUCUGCUACAGUAUGGUUUUAAAAAUAAAUAAAUAAAUAAAAAUGUACGUGUCAGAAAUCGACUCCACUAUUCACACUGAAUAUAGGGCUUCACCUAUGGUAAAACUGUAGGACCCUCUGCUGUACAAUACAGUCGUACUGGGCCUCCUCAAAGCUUCUAAUGUCGAUCAUUUUUUACUUUUGUGACUUGAUCUUACUUCUCAGAAGACUUUUAGGAAAUCCAGAUUUUGUUUUGGGUUUUUUUUUUUUUUAAAUAGUUGCGCACUGAAAAGUUUAAAGGUUGUUUAUUUCACUUGACCUAAAAGGAUGUUGACUGUUAUGAGUCCAUAUGGUGUUUAGGCUACACAUGUCCUGUUGUUCAGGUCUUUUUAAAUGGUUACUUGCAUGCAGAACAGGGUGUUUAGUUUUGAUCACAUAUGCAUAUCCACUUCUCUAAGGCUUGAGUCACAACUGCUGCUGAUGGUAGACAUUCAGUGAAAAGCGCUGUCUUUAUACUGUGGAGUCAAUUGAUUCUCUUGACUUAAUAAAUCUCCUAUGAAGCGAUGGUGUGACUGAGAUGCCGGAGAGGAAGGCUGAUGGACCACUGUGGUUCUGGGAGGAUCCAGAGCAGAACUAGAUUUUUACUACUUGCAUACUGAGGCAUAUUGCAAAAUAACACUGUAUUACAGGACCGCAAUACGCACAAUUUCAUGGAUUUGCUAUUUAGCCAGACAAAACAUGAGCAGCCUUGCUUGCCUGCUUUAAGUAUUUUGCUUCACAUGUUGAAGCUCUGUGGCUAACAGGGUCUUCAGACAGCUGGAGUCGGGCAGUGCCUUUGGAUCAAGGUCUGUGGAGUAGUUUUUUUUUUUUUUUUUUAUAUCGUUACGAUGAUCUUAACUGAAAAGUGAAUGUAACACUCUGCUCCUCUGGUGACUGAGGACACAGGAACGAGCUUGGCAUGUGGGUUGAAAGAGUUCUGCCUUUUUGUUUUGUUUGUUUUUCUUUUAAUUCGGGUGCAAGCCCAUGUUAACACUAAAGACUUACAAUUAUACAGUACAAACAGAUGGGGUGAACACAUUUUUUCAGUUCAAGUUUCAAAUCCCUUAUUAUACAAAGUUAAUACUGUAAGAAAUUGUGACAUGAAAUGUUGUUUAUAUUGUAUUUUAUGUAUUUAUAUGAAAAUAAAUGAUCAAUGUACUUUGAAAAUCUCA